UUAAUAUUUUUUAUUCAUGUAGCAUAACCCAUAUAUAUAACAGUAAAAAAGUUCAGCCUUGCACGUGGUAUGUAGACAACAGCUGUGUACCACUGAUUAAUUCAUAUAGGUCAAUGACGCAAACAUGUGGGAAGAACCGAAGUACCCUGGAAACCACUGUUUGUUUUGCCGGAGGAACGACAUAAACUACCACAAAGAAGUUUCAUUCCCCCAACUAGGAACCUCAUCUGAAACCUCCUCUUUCUAUCCAUCAUGUUAUAUAUAGCUCCACCACACUCUCUCCUCUCCACUCUCGCUCUCUCUACUUGUUUGCAGUGCCAAUACUACACUACCUCCCAGUGCUCAUCUCCAUUGAUAUGGCAGAAGAAGCUUCCUCGCUUCACCUCAUUCACCAACAGCUCCUCUUCGACUUUGAAUCUUUCGAAGGCUUCGUCUCUCAUGUAAAUGUUCCAUCCCAAACUUCAACCUCUGAUUCAAGUCCUUCCACCUCAGAUAUUGUUCCGCUCUCUAAUUUCUCCAAUCUCCAUGAAGAUGAAAACAACCCUUUUCUCCUCCACUGUUCUACCUCGGCUCCAUCAGGGUUUUUCCAGUUUGAAACCAAAUCCCCCAAAAAUUCCACAUUAAGUCAUCGGCGACCUCCACUCAGCAUCUCGGUCCCUCAGCCCACCGUUUCUCAGUCGCCGGCGGAGUCCGAUUCAGGCGAUAUCAGGCAUUAUAGAGGCGUGCGCCGACGGCCAUGGGGGAAAUUCGCGGCGGAGAUUCGAGACCCGAAUCGGAGAGGAUCGAGGGUAUGGCUGGGGACAUUCGAGACUGCCAUUGAAGGCGCCAGAGCUUAUGAUCGAGCUGCUUUCAAGAUGCGCGGUUCCAAAGCUAUUCUCAAUUUCCCUCUUGAAGCUGAUAAUUGGUCGGGUUCUGACCCACCAGCGACAUCUGGCCAGAAAAGGGAGAGAGACAGUGAGACUGAAGAGAGACAACAAGUGGAGAUGAAGGUUCUAAAGCAAGAAGAGCACUUGCCGGAAUCUGACUGCACACUGGCGGCAGCCAGUAAUGUAUUGGGGGUUUGUCCCUUAACUCCGUCAAAUUGGAGGGCCGUCUGGGAGGAGGGAGACAUGGAGGGAAUGUUCCAUCUGCCACCGUUAACGCCGUUAUCACCCCAUCCUUGGAUAGCAUAUUCUCAGCUUAUUGUCUGAGUCGAGGGUUUACCUUACCAAAGACAUCCAAAUGUAACUAGAAUUCUUUUAUACUCUAUGAACAGUAUAUUGAAUAAGUUUAAAUCUUUUACGGAUAAUAAAUCUCACACUCUUCUUUUUUAA